CGCGCGUGCGCGCGCGCCCGGUGAGGCGGGACACUUCUCCUCGAGCUUCCACUUUUUCUUGCACAAAAAAUAUAGGAAAAGUUGCACAGGUUGCGAAAUGGCAGCUAAAGUGGCGCUUCUCGUGUGUAUUUUGACGCUGAGCUGCUGCGGUGAGGCGAAUUCGGCAAAGCGGAACGUGCUGCUCGUCGUCGCUGACGAUGCGGGAUUCGAGAGCGAGGUGUACAACAACACGGCGGUGCACACACCCCACCUACGCGCCCUGGCCCAGCGCAGCCUCGUCUUCCGCAACGCCUUCACCACCGUAAGCAGCUGCUCCCCGAGCCGCUCCACCAUCCUGACGGGACUGCCGCAGCACCAGAAUGGCAUGUACGGUCUCCAUCAAGACAUCCACCACUUCAACUCUUUUGAUGGGGUUCAAAGCCUUCCUUUCCUGCUGAGACAAGCCAACAUCCAAACAGGUAUCGUUGGGAAGAAGCACGUGGGACCCGGGGAGGUGUACCCCUUUGACUUCGCGUACACAGAGGAGAACAACUCGGUGCUGCAGGUGGGCCGGAACAUAACCCGCAUCAAGCUACUUGUCAGAAAGUUCCUGCAGGCCAGGCGGGAGGACGACCAGCCCUUCUUCCUCUAUGUGGCCUUCCAUGACCCCCAUCGCUGCGGUCACUCACAGCCCCAGUACGGAGCCUUCUGUGAGAAGUUCGGGAACGGCGACAGUGGGAUGGGUCGCAUCCCUGACUGGACGCCAGAGCACUACACCCCGGAGCAGGUCAAGGUGCCCUACUUCAUCCCAGACACUCCGGCCGCUCGAGCUGACCUGGCAGCUCAGUACACCACCAUCAGCAGGCUGGACCAAGGGAUUGGCCUGGUGCUGAAGGAGCUGCGGGAGGCUGGGUUCGAGAACAACACGCUGGUGAUGUAUAGCUCGGACAAUGGCAUCCCGUUCCCCAACGGGCGGACCAACGUAUACUGGUCAGGCACUGCCGAGCCCCUGCUGGUGUCCUCGCCGGAGCACCGGCAACGUUGGGGGCAGGUCAGCCAGGCCUACGUCAGCCUCCUGGAUGUGACACCCACCAUCCUGGACUGGUUCUCAGUGCCCUACCCGCAGUACAGGUUGUCCGGGAAGCAGCCGGUGGUGCUGAGCGGCAGGUCCCUCCUCCCGGCGCUGAGCUCCGAGCCGCCCUGGGACACGGCAUUCGCCAGUCAGAGUCUGCACGAGGUCACCAUGUACUACCCGAUGCGUGCCAUCCACCAGGGGCCAUACCGCCUGGUGCAUAACCUCAACUUCAGGAUGCCCUUCCCCAUCGACCAGGACUUCUACGUGUCGCCCACCUUCCAGGACCUUCUCAACCGCACGCGGUCCAGCCAGCCGACAGGCUGGUUCAAGACGCUGCAGGACUACUACUACCGGGACCGCUGGGAGCUGUACGACGUGCGCGACGACCCGCAGGAAACGCGGAACCUGGCUUCGGACCCAGCACACAAGCAAACGUUGGAAGACCUUCGGGCGCAGCUGCUCAAGUGGCAAUGGGCCACCUCGGACCCGUGGGUGUGCGCCCCCGACGCUGUGCUCGAGGCCAAGAUGAGCCCACAGUGCCGGCCACUCUACAACGGCCUCUGACCGGGGAACCGGUGUGCAGACAGAAACGUUUCCCUCCUUCGACACACACAAUGUGUAACGAUGGCAGCAAUCACUGCGGUUUGUAUGAAACGUUUUCAGGAGCGCUGACCCACUAGGAGCGCUUAUUCGAAAAGAACGUGUGAUCUUGGCUCAAAAUGGACCAUAGUCUGUGCACUUCAUAUUUGAUGUAUGGAUAAUACUGAAAUGAACUGAGUCAGUGAUCACAUCAGGUCAGGCCAAUGCAUCUGUUGUCAUGACAUUUCGGCAGAAAGACACAUUAACGCUAGUUCAAAUUGUUGAAAUUGCUAUUUUCUACUCAAUUAAACACCUGCCGUUGCAGUCUGAUUGCUACAGGAUAUUUGCCUAAAUACUCUCCAGAUUUGGCUGUACAUUAUUAUUAUUAAAUAUAUAUAUCUAAGGAAAGUUCUCAUCUAUAUUUCCAGGGUUUGGAAGGUCAGUUCCUGAAUGAUGCGAUGGCUAAUAACACAGUGUCUUCGAUCUUUUCAUCAUCUAUCGAGCAUAAUAGCGCUGUGUUUGACUGACACCUUUACAGGUAUAUACUUGUACUUGGAAUGUUACAUUUACUAGUAUCGCCUUGAGG